UGGUUUUGGUUGAUUAUUACUAUCCAACUUUCUUACUUCCCCACUUCCUCUUGUUAGCUCUUUCUUUCUCUCUGAUAUCUCAAUGGGGAAUGAAAGCGAGGGAGAGGUCAACUGGGUCUUUUUGCUGAUUCGAGUUGGUGUUAUAUUUUACAAGGCUUUAAGUGUACAGUGUGAAUGGAGAGAGAGAGAGAGAGAAGUUUCUACUUUUUAUUUUGCCUUUCUUUUUCCAUGCAUCUUUUUUAUAAGCCCUUUUCGUUUUCUCCUUUUUGGAUCCAAUUUUUCAAAACGGACAAACGAUUGGUCAAGCUUGUUGUCUAUCUAGAUAAUAGGAUGAUGGAAGAUUAGGGUUUUUUUUCUUAUUCGGUGUUUUAAGAGGUUUAUUUAUCUCUUUCUGGAUUGAGAAAGAGAUGUUUGAACUGUGAAUUGAAAAGGCUAUUUUCUUGAUAAGCUUCUUCAUACUUUGUUCUCUGUAUCUGAACUGAGUCGGAUAGAGUUUUCUAGAGUGAGAUAGUGUGUUUUCAGUUGUGCAUGGGCGUUGACAAUGAAACAGCUUUUUGAUUUUGUCGCUACUGAAAAAACAAUAUAUUUCUAUUUCUAUUCUUUGCGCAAUCUGGGAAGAAGAACUUAAAGGUCAGAACUUGAUAGACCAGAAAGAGCAACGAAAUCUAAGCGUUUUUUUUUUUUAAUUUCUCUUUAUGUGAAAGUGAUAGUAGUGGCCAACUUCAAAGAACCUAAAUAAAGCCCCUUCGAGAUAAAAAAAGUUGUAAUCUAUCUUUUCCAUUAUCAUGAGUUUUGGGGGUUUAAUCAACAGUCCCAGAGUUAAUUGUAUUGAUGAUAUGAGUGCAAAGACUGUGGCUGAAAUUCUUCCAUACGGUCACAAAAUGACAACUGGUGCCAUUCCUCGGUUUCCCCUUUCUCUCUCCAUUGCUAAAUCCGUGUUGUUUUUUAUUGGUUUGGUUCAGAAAAAUAACAUGGAGGGUGUUGGUGAGAUGGAUCUAAUGGGGGAACAUUUUGAUCCUAGUAUUGUGGGAAGGAUUAGGGAGGCUGAAUUAGAAAGCAGGUCUGGAAGUGAUAAUAUUGAAGGUGCGGCAUCUGGUGAUGAUCAAGAAGCCAAUGAAGAGGGACCUCUAAGGAAGAAGAAGUAUCACAGGCACACUCCACAACAAAUACAAGAGCUUGAAGCUUUCUUUAAGGAGUGUCCUCAUCCCGAUGAGAAACAAAGGUUGGAGCUCAGUAUGAGGCUUAACUUAGAGGCCAAGCAAAUCAAGUUCUGGUUUCAGAAUAGGAGAACCCAAAUGAAAACUCAAAUGGAAAGGCAUGAGAAUGUAAUUCUUCGGCAAGAACAUGAUAAGCUUAGAGCUGAAAAUGAUAUGUUGAAGGAAGCAAUAAAAACUCCAGUAUGCAACAAAUGUGGUGGUCCGGCAGAGCCUAGCAAUGCGUCCAAUUAUGAGCUGCAGCAACUUAGGAUUGGGAAUGCUCGAUUACAGGACGAAUUGGGUCGGAUUUGCAUCUUGGCUAACAAGUUCCUAGGCAGGCCUCUUGCAUCCUUAACAAAUCCGGCCUCUCAAAUCUUAAAAUCCAGUUUGGAGCUUGCAAUGGGAAGAAGUGGUUUAGGUGGCUUGCCAAAUAUUCCAGGUUCCCCGGUGUUAACAGGACAUGAGUUUGUUGAAGGGUCUUUUAUGAAACCACCGAUAGCAGGCAUGAUGGGAAAUGAAAUGUCGUAUGAGAGAAAUAUGCUUGUUGAUCUUGCAUUAGCAGCUAUGGAUGAAUUGAUUAAUAUGGCUCAGCCAGAUGGUCCCAUUUGGGUCAAGAGUGUGGAUAGAGGAAGGGAUGUGCUGAACCGAGAGGAGUAUAUGAGAACAUUUUCAUCUAGUGCAGCCCUUAAACCAAAUGGCUUUGUGACUGAGGCUUCAAGGGAAACCGGAAUUGUAAUUGUCAAUAGCUUGGCUCUUGUAGAGACUUUAAUGGAUGCGAAUCGAUGGGUAGAAAUGUUCCCGUGCAUGAUUUCUGGAGCUGCCACCAUUGAUACAAUUUCCAGCGGUGUGGCUGGAACAAAAAAUGGUGCUCUACAACUGAUGCUUGCUGAGUUCCAAGUACUCUCACCUCUAGUUCCUGUCCGCCAAGUGAAGUUCCUCCGGUUCUGCAAGCAGCAUUCUGAGGGCUUGUGGGCUGUUGUCGAUGUGUCUAUCAACACAAACCAAGAUGGUCCAAAUGGGGACCCAUAUUCGACCUGUCGAAGGCUUCCUUCUGGCUGUGUUAUACAAGAUAUGCCAAAUAAUUAUACCAAGGUUACUUGGAUUGAGCAUACUGAGUAUGAUGAGAGUAACAUUCAUAGUCUUUGCCGCCCAUUGCUUAGUUCUGGCAUGGGCUUUGGUGCACACAGGUGGCUUGCUACCCUACAGAGGCAAUGCGAGGGCUUUGUGAUUCUCAUGUCAUCCACCAUACCUGGCCAAGAUCAUUCGGGGAUAAAUUCGAAUGGAAGGAAAAGCAUGCUAAAGCUGGCACAUCGCAUGACGUAUAACUUUUGUGCUGGGGUUUGUGCUUCAACUGUUCGCAGGUGGGACAAGCUCCGUGUUGGAAAUGUCAGCGAGGAUGUGAGGGUAUUGACAUGGAAAAAUAUUAAUGAUCCUGGUGAGCCACCUGGUGUUGUGUUGUGUGCUGCAACUUCUGUUUGGAUUCCAGCAACAACGCAGCGGUUGUUUGAUUUUAUGCGUGAUGAACGAAUGAGGAGCGAAUGGGACAUUUUAUCCAAUGGCGGACCAAUGCAAGAGAUGGUCCAUAUUGCCAAUGGCCACAGACGUGGCAACUGUGUUUCUCUCCUUCGAGCUAGUUCCAUGAAUGCGAAUGAAAGCAACAUGCUGAUACUGCAAGAGACAUGGAACGAUGCAUCAGGCUCGCUUAUCGUGUAUGCACCGGUCGAUGUACCAUCAAUGGGAAUGGUGAUGAAUGGUGGUGAUCCUGCAUGUGUGGCGCUGCUGCCAUCCGGAUUUGCCAUCCUUCCAGACGGGCGGUCUCAUGGAAAUGGAAGCAAUGGAUGCCUUCUCACAGUUGGAUAUCAGAUUCUGGUGAACAGCCUUCCAACUGCAAAACUCACCCUGGAAUCAGUUGAAACUGUUAACAAUCUAGUCUCCCGCACAAUUCAGAAGAUCAGAGCUGCUAUCCAAGAAAUAUAAAAUGGUGGGAAAAAAAAAAAAAAAAAAAAGAAAAACAAAUCAUAUACAUGUUGAAAGCAUAGGAAGAGAUAGAAAUGGAAAGGGAAGAUCGGGGUUUCGAGUCAAGAACGAACCGCAGAUGGGGAGAGAUAUUAACUCAGUGUGCAGGGUGAGUGGUUCGGGUAUUGACUCGGUGGACCAGUAAGUUGCUGAGUCAAUCGAAAGUGUUUUGGUUAAUGACUGGUCUGAUAUGUAGAGGGAAGAAGAACAAGACAGUAAACUGUUAGAAUUCUGUUUGGUGUCUGAACUUUGAUCAUACCGUUGGCUUUUCUUUGUCUUUUAAUAAUAAUAUAUUAUGCAUGCAUGCCCUCAA